AUGUCCUCUUCAACGAGCAGUAGUAGUAGCGGCAACAACAUGAGUAGCUACUCAAGUGCAGACAAUUAUUUACACCUCCUUACAUCUGUAAAUCCAACCGAUUUCAUCUGCACAUCGGAACGUGCUUCUCAAAUUGUAAAAUUAUUUUCGGAACACUAUCUACCACUUCCCUUCUCCUCCAAUGAAGACAAGUCUGAUCUAACAGAAGAAACCACUCUAAUCCUGCUUGUUCCAUAUUUUAUUGGUUUGGCAACAUUACAAAUUAGGCAAGAACGAAGUCCUAAUCAACCCUUCGAUAUGGAAGCACACAAAAGGAUUCGGACUAUUCAACUGAAACAAGCCAAACAGCAAUUUAUCCAUUUUUUAAAUUUAGUGGUACAAUAUGAACAACUGAAUGAUGAAUAUUUAUCUUGGGUUCUUCCUUUCACAAUGCAUGAUGAUGACGAGGAGGAGUUACAACAAGUCAAGAAAAAACAAGACGAAUUUCAAAAAUUAAUGAGUGACAGAAAUCAAAUGAUACUGAGAAUGAAAUCAAAAACCUUUCUCGAGAAUAAUUUAUUUUUAAAUUGUGAAGCAUUAUCAGAUAUGGAAAUUUCAAAUUUAUUGACGGAGCAAACAGAUGAAAUCACCAAUGAACACAAGCAUCAAGUUUCUGAUAAAAUCAAAAAAAGAAUGCUUCCUAUCAGAGAAUACAUUCAAUUUUGCGUAUUGGACACUAUUGAACAGCUUUCAUCCAUCAACAGAGAAGAACAAAUGCUAGCGGCUACAUCACAGGCCCAACAACAACUUAACAGACCAUCACAACAAGUCAAUAGCAGUGGUAGUAGUGGAAUUUCACACCUUAAAGCAACUUCUAUCAAUGAUAUUUUGUCCAAUAGGUCACAACUUUCGCAAAUGGGGUACAACAUGGUACUUUUACCGAAUGCCUCAAGUGAUAAAGCCCAGAAGCAACACAAGCAAGGAAAUAAUUAUUUACAACGUACUGCCGCUUCAAAUUCGGCGUCACAAGGUGUGGCUAGCUCUGCAUUCAGCUCAUACAAUACACAAAGAACAAUCCGAGAGAACAUGAAGGAUAAGGUUUUCGGUAGCUAUGUUCCACCUCCAACCAUGUCCAUUGAAGAAUUCGCUAGACAAGAAAUGGAAGAGCUACAUCAAAGACAUGAACGAGAAAAACUGCAAGCUCAACAACAAACCAAAAAGAAGGAAGACGACGAAACAGAAGAGGAUGAAGAAGAGCUCAAGAAAAAGAGAGCAUGGGAUGACUGGAAAGAUGAUCAUGUCAAAGGAUCUGGUAAUAUGAGAGAUUAA